UCUUCGUCCUUCUUCCUCAUAGCGCACGAGUGUUUUUCCUUGCAGGCGCUUGUGCAUGGAGGCGAACACUAGGGUGAUGAGGAGGGAGGAAGUUGGCCGCCGUGCCCACCGCCGCCGCGGUGCGAGCUCGAAGUCGUCGGUGCCUCGCAAGAACUUGGGGCUUAUGGGCGUGCGCCAGCGGCACUGGGGUCGGUGGGCAGCGGAGAUCCGCGUGCCCCGCACUCGCGCCAGGCUGUGGAUCGGCACAUUCCAGUGCCCUGAGCAGGCGGCACUCGCCUACGACGUCGCACUCUUUUGCUUCUACGGAGACACCCCACCGCGCAAGUUCAACUUCCCCGGCGCGCCGCGGCCCUACGUCCCCGAGUACCGCCGCGGCAGCCUCCCGCUCCUCGAUAUCAAGGCCAUCGCCGAGAGGCACGCCCUCGAUCUCUACCGCCUCUUCACUCGGUCGAACGUGCCCUUGCCCAUGCCCGUGCCAGCAGCUAUUGAACCCGUCGCUGAUGUGGCCAUGGUGGCCGCCGCCGGCGCAGGUAGUGCAACUAAUAACACUGGUGUCACCGCUGCUCCUGAACAUGGUAACAACAGCGAGAAUUACAUCAACAUGGACAACAAUGUGGUUGAAGACGACCCCAUGCUCUCCAUGGGAAUCGACGCCUUCGCGGACAUUGUUGCCCUAUGUUAGGCAGGGCGAGGGCGAGGACGACUAAUAAUCGAUCUAUCCAUGGUGGCUAGGGCUAGCUGCCUAGCUAUACCUUCUAUAUAUGUAGCUUUUAUGUAUAAGCAUGGUGUGCUGCCCUUGAUUACCGGAGCAAAGCACAACAUGUAGCCAUGGGUAUACAGAUCUCAAAGAAGACUAGAGUG